CCAAGCGUUUCCGAGCUGGGUAGGAUACAAUCCGCUCCUUCGGAUCGAAAUGUUUCCUACAAAGAACGGCCGAUCCGUCUCGCCUGUCCCAUCACUAUCGUAACAGAGCAGCUCACACUGGUGCACUACGUUGUCGGUGAGAUUUCGGACGAAAAAAUGGUUUUUGCAGUGGAAAAAAGCGCACCGAUAAAUUAGUGAUCCGCUUAUUUUUCUAAAAGAUAAUUGCCAAAAUGAAGGAACGGUGUCGGGAACACCAUAUCAUUGUCACCAGUACAGGAAAUACCGUCGUAGUGAGGCAGUGUGCGACGGAAGUGUGAAUGUGUGUUGCCGAAACCGUCGCGCAUCUAGCAAGCAUUGUUGGGAAGAAACGAAGAAAAAAAAUCCCACAACAACAACAACAACAACAACGUAAUAGUGUCCUUUCCGUGUGCAUUUCGCAAACGCAAACGCGUCGGUCAGCGUAACGGUGUGCGAGACGACGACGAGGUGGUGAGCCUCUUUUUGCUCGAUUCACAGUGUGUGUUAGUGCGCGUGCGUGCGUGAGUGCGUACCUCUUGGCACCGUGUGUUCGCGCGCGCGUUCCCGUGUGUCCGUCGUUUUCCGGUGCUGCUGCGCCGUGCGUGUGUGGCGCCAUUCCGACGUGUGCGUGUGUGUGUGUGUGGUUUUGCGGUGUUUUUUUUGUUUUCUUGCGAAAGAUAACGCACAACACGACGACGGUAUAGGAGAAAAGUGUCCGCGAACGCGCGUAGAAAGGUAUGCGCGCGCGUUUUCCUGCUGGUAGUGUGUAGUGUGCCUGUGCUUUGUGGUUUGGUUUUGGCGUUGCUUUAUCGCCUCCCCCGUGGCGGCCCGUGGUUGUGUUUGUGGUGAGCUUGUGUGCACACACAAACACACAAACGUGUGUUGUGCUUUUCCGAAAAGGUAACGUGCGAAUGCACCUUUUUUUUCUUGUACCGCUCGGUACAACACGCUCAGCAGGCAAAGUUUGUGGAAAAACGGGCACAAGGAAAAGGAAUGAAAAUCAGUGAAAAUACCGUUCUCGAGUAAAGAAAAAAAAAAAAAAGGCAGAAGAAGCAAUAGUGCUCCCACUACUAUCCCAUUAUCCUUGGAUUUGUUACGAAUCUGAGUAUAAGAUUGUUGAGUGCUGAGGGGAGGUCAUGCUUUGGAUGUCUGCAAGCAAAAGCCAACCAUCUCGACAGUUUGGAAACACUGAAAUUUCCUUCAUAACGACCCUGGCCGUUCGACGGAACGUCCCCGCGGCAGAAAGAAACUUAGAGCGACAAAUUCCAAGUGGACUAUAGAAGAAAGAAAACAAACAAAAAUUUUACAUUAAAAGAUUUGCUAAACGCAACCGUAUAUAAACAAUUCAGUUUUGCCAUACACACACAAACACACCGCGGUACGACGUAUCGUGGUACGGUUGGAGCACUACCACCCUGCAGGCAGUGCCGACCGGACGUCAGCCAGCGUAGAAACUCUGCUUCUUCGCCUUCCAACAGAACGGCUCGUGAAUGAUGUCCGUGCAGCAGUACUGUCUACGGUGGAACAACCAUCAGCCGAACUUCAUCUCGGUCUUCUCGACGCUGCUGCACAAUGAGAGCCUGGUCGACGUUACGCUGGCCGCCGAGGGACGGCAGCUGCAGGCACACAAGGUUGUCCUGUCGGCGUGCAGUUCCUACUUUCAGUCCCUAUUCACCGCCAAUCCCUGCCAACAUCCGAUCGUGAUAUUAAAGGACGUGCAGUACAACGACCUUAAGACGAUGGUAGACUUCAUGUACUAUGGGGAGGUGAACGUGUCGACCGAACAGCUACCCCAGGUGCUCAAGACGGCCGAAAUGCUCAAAAUCAAAGGUCUGGCAGAGAUGCCGGACGCGUCCGCCGUGUGUAAGGCGGAUCUGAGCAAACUCGAUCCGUCCGAGCUGAUACAGGCGGCGAACGUUAUACCCGGUGCGACGGGCGAUGCGAUAUGGGGCAGUGCCGAAUCUCAGCAGCAAGCGCAACAGCAGCAGCAGCAGCAACAACAGCAGCAGCAGCAGCAACAACAGCAGCAGCAACAACAGCAGCAGCAACAACAGCAGGCACAACAUCAUCAGCAACAAACGCAACAGCAGCAGCAGUACCAACACCAGCAGCAGCAGCAGCAACAGCUACAUCAGCAAACCCAGCAGCUGAGACGAUCACCUUCCCCCACGACCAACAUGUCGCCUGCAGCGCGAAGAAAGCGGUUACGAAAGACGUCCACUGGGUCCGGUUCCAUAUCGACCGAUCGGCUCCAGCACCAGCAGCAACAACAGGCGGCUGUUGUCGCGGCUCAGCAGCAGGCCGCUGCCGUAGCAGCCGCAGCAGCAGCGGCAGCCGCUGCCCAGCAACAGCAGCAGCAGCAGCAGACGGAAGAACAGCACGGUGCGAGUGCGGACCCGAGCACACUGAACCUGGUGCCGCAUCUACACAUCCAGCAGCAGGUUGACAACAUAUCGUACGGUACGGCGACGGCGGGGCAUGGCGCGUUAGCGAUAGGCGCUGCAGCCGCUGUUGCCGCUGCUGCAGCAGCUGCCGCCGCCGGUAACAAUAUCCGCAUCAUCAAGGAAAGCCCCAGCUCCGACGUAGACCAGCAGCAGCACGAAUCGUCGCAGGAAAGCGUCGAUGAGACGGGACACCACAUGCCGAGCAUUAUCAAAACGGAAGACCUCAGUGGGGUCACGCAGACCAUACCGAUGGACAUUUCGACGACACCGACCGCCGUGAACAUAACGCAAUCGCAAUCACAACAUACCGGUGGGCAAUGGACGGUAAUCGAUACGAAUUAUUCGCGGUUUGGCCUUGCGCCGUGUCAGACGAAUUUAGGACUGCAGCAACAGCAGCAACAACAGCAGCAACAGCAGCAGCAACAACAGCAACAGCAUCAACAUCAGCAGCAGGUCCAGCAACAGCAGCAUCAUCAGCAAACGAAUCAGCAACAACAGCACCAGGGUGAUAGUCAAGGUUUAAGCAGUGCCGGCAAUGGUGCAAACAGUGCGGCCAACGGUGGUGCGCCGGGCAGUGGAACGGGCGGGACGGGCAGCGGAAACAAUGGUGGACUUGCGAACGCGUCCAACACCAACUCGAACGCCACGACGCCGCAACCGACGACACCGGUACAAAUCUAUCAGCAUCCGUUCUCGCCCCAGAUCAUAUCGGUCAACCCGAACAAUAUGGUUAACAGCUACCAAUCGUCGAACCUGUCCACACCGACGUCCCCCCAAACGGGCAGCGAUCAAGCGACGGGGCUUGUGUACAGUACGGGCACGCCGAAUCAAUCACCGCUCGGUGCGACGCCGACCGGUGCGUCUGGCGGUACGAAUGCCAGCGGGAAUGGCAACGGUGGAACGGGUACGGGCGGUGGCAACAAUGGUGGUACGGCCGGUGGUGGCAAUGGUGCAACGGCGGUCGGCGCUGGGGGCGGCGGUGGCGCUGGUGGAGCAGGCAACGGAGCAGCCGGUGGAGCGGCCGGAGCGGGUGCAGCCGGAACCGGCACCGGAACGGUGCAGCCGGUCAAGCGAAAACGGUCCGUCAAUCCGCAGGGUGAUGAAAACUUUCUGCGAGCGCUCGAAGCGGUCCGGUUCGGUGGUAUCGGUUUCUGCAAAGCCGCCCGCCUGUACGGGGUAAACAAUCGAACGCUGUGGUUAGAGUAUAAGAAGCGCGGUUACCCGAUCAGCCGGCCGAGCAUCAAGAAUCGCAUCAAGCUGGAACCGAACAUAUCACCACCGCCGACGGCCACCACUCCGCCCGGCGAUGAGAACGCCUCGAUGGAGCACUACGAUACGGCCCUUUCUUCCCCUGCGCUUAAUAUGUCCCUGCAGCAGCAGCAGCAGCAGCAACAGCAGCAGCAGCAACAGCAGCAGGUCCAGCAACAUCAAGCGAGCCAGCAGCAGCAGCAGCAGCAGCAAGUCACUGCGGCACAGCAAACCCAACACCAGCAGCAGCAAGCGCAGCAACAGCAGGGCAACGAUACGACGAAUGCUGCUGCAGCAGCGGCUGCCGCCGCCGUCGUGGCGGCCUCAUCCACCACCCCACUGAUGUGUCCCCCGCACGGUCAUCCGAUGGGUGUGAUGGGUUUCCUCGAUACGCGGCACGUCGACUUUACGACCACGGCCAGCCUGCAUCAGAUGACCCGCCAGCGGUAUCCGGAUACGGCUACGGUGAACAUGAAUACGGGCGCGGUGAACCUGCAGGGUCUCAACUUUAACUCCAUGUAAGGGGACGGGUGGCUUCGUGUUGUGACCGUGAGCAAUAAUGGGGUUGGUGAUGUUGGUGGCGGUGGUGGUGGUGACGCUGGUGGAGGUGAUUCUGGUGCCAUCCUAUCGCUCGGUGGCUGUCACACGACGGAGGUGACAGAAACCUGAGACCAACCACUCUGCCCCCUUUCAGUGCACGGUGCGCAGCAACUGAAGCCACAGGGAAUGUGUAAUUGCUAAGGCUGUAAGAGACUUUGAGUAUUGUACAUAGUGAGGAGGGUCCGCGUCCUACUGUCCUUGUUCUUUUCCGAUCGCUUCUGGCCGUGUUCCUAUGUAACGUGGAAAGUACGAUCAAUACGAUGAGAUCAUUGUAUUUCCGUGCAAGAAUAAGUUUCUUCUCAGCAAUUCUCUACUGUACGUUAUGUGCAUGUUUUUGUAGCCAUAUUUGCACCUUUCGUUUUGUUUCGUUCCAAAAUGGAGCAUAUACAAUUUCCCUUUUACUGAUGGGAUAUUUUCCAUCUGGACGUAAUAGCUCCGUGUUCAAUUUAGUUCCUAAUCGUGACGAAUCUUUCCCCGGUGCUCGAAGAGCGCUCUGCGUUGUGCUAUAUGGCAGUUGUACAGGAUACCUAUGACAAAGCCCAAAAAAAUUCCAGAAUCGUUCGAAUAGAUCAAAACUGUCCCCUUUCCCCCCGUUCGCAUGUGUGUAUCUGUGUAUGUAUUUUUCUUUAAAGGAGUUUAAAAUCUUCUUAGACACCCAACUUGGGCGACAUGGGAUUCUUAACUCUCCUCGAACCCUCCACGGGCUUACUUCGCGGUAUUACUUCAUGGGAGGGGCAGCGCUGUGGCACUCAGUGCGCAUUUACUGUCUUUCUGUCUGAAACGUGCUAGCAACUAAACGCUUUUGCACGAACAACACUGAAGUUCGCUCACGUACAGAAACAUUCACUUUACGCACAACACUUUACACGUAACACUUAUGCACGGCCAUUCUGCAGGUCCUCCCUCCACCUUUUCUGCAACUUCGUCAGUAUCAGACGCAACGUCGUUGAGGUGGCUUCCCACUGAUCACUACUUUGUAGCAUCAGCUGUACCAGGUUGAAGCGCGUCACCUCCAUACCACACAGGUUGUUCAGCUGUUGACGCUCUUCUCGGAAUCUUGGGCCACUGAACAUUACAUGUUUCGCCGUCUCCAGUUCCGAAGGGCACGCAGGAUAUGUGAAAAGGACCAUUGCUGUUGCCCUUGUAGCUCUUCUGUCCACUCCAGUGAGAGGUUCCCCCGUACCAUGCCCGCAAUCACACACACACUGCUUCGUAGGAUAUAGUGCAACACGCAUGACCAAGCGACUGGGCACCCUUCUAACGGCGUUUUGGUGCUGCUUUUCAUUGAGUAUAUGCGCCCAAACUGGAGCAGCGUAUCUCAACACUGAUACCGCUACGUCGGCAUGAAGACGAUGGACAGUGCAAGUCGGGGUCCCCCUAUAUUUGGCGUGAAUGCCGCCAGUGCGUUUGAGGUUUUGCGUAGCCUUCUUGCAGACCUCCUCUAGGUGCUCCUUAAACUUUAGUCGGUCGUCGAUAAUGACUGCAAGGUACUUCAGGCUCCUGGUGGACUCAAUGUGUUCGGCACCUCCUUGGCUGCUGAUGAGUAUGAACUCCGUUUUCGCGUGUGCAAUAAUAACAAACUUCGCUGAUUUCAUCCAUUCGUCAAUACUACCAUCCUUGGCUAUCAUUUCGAUAUCCGCAAUAGACUCGCCUGUGACUGUCAGGGCGAUUUUGUCAGCGUAGCCGGUAAGCUGGGCUCCUGGAGGAAGUGGCAGGGUUAAUACCUCGUUGUACAUAAUGCUCCACUGAGUGGGACCACGUACUGAUCCCUGUAGGACACCUGCUCUUCAUCUUAAUUCCAUCCUCCGUGUCGUAUUGCGGCUUGCGUCCUUCAAGGUAGCUCCUCAGCACAGCUCCUCAUGGGCAGCGCUCGAUAGGUUCAUGGGUUUUUGCUUUGUCCAUUGUCAUUUUGAACGCAAACCACCCCUAUGGCUUCUGAGCUUCUGCUGCACAUAGUUGGAGAAAGUGUCGCCGAGUGCUCACCUUUCUUUCAAAGAGAGAUUUCUUCUUCAAAAGAGAGAUUUCUCUUUUCAAGUCGGAUCGGACUGCUCGGGCAUCUCUCAGGCUCUACUUUUCUGCGGGCUGUCAUGUAAUCUGAUCAGCUUUGCAAUCGACGAAUUCUACCAGUAAACUGGAGCACGGGUACGCCGGGGUGGUUUCCUUUGGGACAGGGCAGCUACCAGGACUAGAGCAUUCCCCACAACCGCCAAAUGUAAACGCCUCCUUAAACAUUUCUUCGUUAAACAUUUGGCUUGAAAGCCUGAGCAACAGCGUUAGCGUCCUCACGGUCGACUAGCUUCCCGAGUUACCUGGCCAAUCCGGUGGGCCUUUGUUUUACUGAUGGAGUAGGUUGAAGAGGCCACGCCAACGAUGAAACCUGGGUCAAAAUGGCCUCUCUGGGUUGAAUCGCGGCCAGCAGUACAUGACAUCUGUUAUACCGCCUGGUCUGGGUCCGGGCUCGCUUGUACGUCGUCUUCACCCUGAGGGGGGUUUCCACAACUCAAAUAAUAGGUUCCCCCCGUACGUGCCUUCCAGAAGCUCUUCGAGAAGGCAGCUUGGUACGAAAUAGUACGGUAGGCACUAGCAACAUGCGAGGCCAAUCGUCAAUACAGCUUACGAACAGCUCGUUUAAACUGCUUCUCUGACUUAGCUUGGAGGCGCCUUGUGCUGCGGCUGGGCCCACAUAUGUUUGUGUGGGAUGAAUGACUUCAAUCCGUUUGCGGUCUGCAUAGUCUUAAUGUAUGAUCAUCUUCUAGAUGAUAGAUGACCAAGAACUGAUUCCUGUGGAACUCCAUGGAAUGCUGUAAUGUUGGUCGUUUUAACCCCCGACGUCCGUUUCAUACUGCAGCAUGCGGCCCAGGAGUAGGUAACUCCUCAGUACCCUGCACAAAUACAGGGGAAAGCCUUCACGCUCUCCAACGCAUCUGCCAUCGACCAUCCGUUCCGGGUCGAUCAGGGAUCUUAAGUAUCCUGUCGACUGUAAUCGGUUCAGAUACGAUAUUUGGAACACUGGAGAUGUGAAGCUCAGCACCGAUGGUGGGUUGUGUGUCGGGAACAGUUGUUUGAUAAGACACUGAAGCUUAACGGUUCAUACAACGCUCGACAGGUUCAAGGGGGGGGGGGGUUUCCUUUUUCUCUCGAGGAAGUACUUCCUUUGAUUGGCUUGUAUUUCCCACUUCAGAUUCGAGCUGGUCGCAACUCAAAGGCAGCUUUCAAAUGUUGCUUGGUUGUCGGACGCAGUACAACGCAGUAGUACGUGUACUGUUCUUAGCCUCCUGAUGACAACGUCAGCCCUCUCCCCUGUACAACUACCUGCCUGGCAAUACGACCUCUCUCCUACUUGGUAGCCAUUUGCCGUGUCGAGUGCUGUUUAAAUCUGACCGUUGGUCUCUGACCUGGCGUGAUGGUCUUCAUCAUCUGCGUAAGUCAAUCCUCCUUUCUAGUGGGUAUCUCCUGGGCAGAAUUCUUCUCCUUUUGGCUGCCACACGGCACGCUCUUCUCUCUCGGCUUCUUCCAUGUGUAUAUGUGUGUAUGAGUGUGCGUGUACGUGUGUGCAUGUAUGUUUGUGCGUGUUUCUUGUACGUUGUAUGUGUGUAAGGCAAGUGAUCACUUACGUGUAAAAUAUUAUUUAUGUUUGUCAUUCUAAACGGGGGCUAGAACCGAGAGACUUGAUUCGAAUGGGUGGGAAACGCUUAACCGGACAGAUGAGCCCGGUAUAAAGCGUGUGAGAGUGUAUAGUCGCGAGUGAAAAAUAUCGUGUUUCCAAACAAAACAUCAUGAUGUAUUUAAGCAUUAAAGAAGUCAAGUGUAAACAUUUUCAAAAUCCAGCUCCACAGCUCCGAGGAUGCUGAAGGAAGCAAAAUAAACAAAAAAAACUUAAGCAAAAGGAUAGAUGUAAUAUUAGUGGUAGUAAUAGUAGUAAGUAGUGAUUACAAUGAACAUAAUGGAGUAGCGAAUAGAGAUGAAAAGAAAAAGGGCAAGGCAGGCAAGCAAAUGAAAACCCAAGCUGAUGCAGAUAAAAAAAAGGCUCUGGAAAGCGGAAAAACGAGCGAAAGUGUCGAACAAGGCGAAAGGAAUGAAAGCAGUCAAGAAGAAGAAGAAGCAGAAAAUAAAACGAAAACCCGUUGUAUAGUAAAAUAAAUCCAAAUCCAAAUGGGAGAAAUAGUAUUUUUGUUAACUCUUUUUUAGCCAGUUUAUACGUGUAUAUUUGUGAGGUGUUUGAUAAAGUGUGAACCCCAGUUCAUACGCCUCACCAAUAAAGUCAGUCUUGCUAAAUUAAGAGUUAAGGGUAAGAUCGAGUGAAAACGAUCAAACGAAAGCAAACACACACACACACACACACACAAAAUCAUAACGGUCAUUGCUGGGCGUGAGUUUAUGGACAAGUAGUCAACUAAUCAUGCACACCUACAAUAGUAAAACACGAGCAAGAAGACACAUAUUCACACAAUCGAUAAUGCUAGCGGGCAGACAGAAGAAAUGAUACACAGACACACACAAAACUGAAGUGGAAAAAGGAAAAACGGGAAAACACAAGAAAACAAACAGGUGAAAACAAAUAUCAUUCAAAAGCAUUUUGUGACGAAACAAAAAGACAUUUACAGUGGCAUACAGUCGGGGCGGACUUUGAGCAACACACACAAACAAAAUGGCAAGAGCUGUGUAAGUAAGAUAAGACAAGAAUGCAAAAAACUGAGAGAAAACGUUUGUAUAAAUCAAUAGACCACUGGUAAGUUUAUUGUAAUAUAUAAGUGAAAUACACGUACACAGUCAAACAAACAAAACGGGAGUAGUUGAACGUGGGGAAACAAAAACAGGAAAUCAGCCCCGACUCUCCACGCUCCGGUGUGGUGGAAAGGUGCGCAUAGUCAAAGGGGAGGGGAUGUGGGAAAAAAAAAACAAUUUAAUCCUAAUUUAAAUUGAUUGGUGGUAAGAAGGUCCUGUGGAAAGAAGCAAUACCACACACACCACCACAAACAUACGCGAGAAGAGCAAACAAAAUGGUGUCGAGUCAAAGCAGUAAACUAAAGCAGUAAACAAAACAUGAGGCCAUUCUCCGUAUCAGUUUGUUUAAGAAACACAGUGUGUACACAAAACAAAAAGAUAAAAAAACGGAAAGCGAAAGUGAGAGAGAGAGAGUGGGAAAAGUAAUAAAACAAACACAAACAUACCAGAGAACAAUCCAUUAAGCAACAGCAAAAGCAGAACAAAAACGAGCAAAAUGAGGAAAAGGAAGAAAAUGAAGACGAAAAAAAAAACGGAACGACUACACAAGUACAGGACAGCAUGAAUCGCUAGAAGAGAAACAAACACACAACAUACACACGUUCUGUGAAGUAAAUAAGUAUUUACUUAUGUGAGUAAUUUAAAUAAAUUGAAGCAAACUGAAGUAUGUGUCUCUUUA